AUGAGCAAACUACUUGAGCCACUGGACCCCCACCAAGCGUCGUUAGGGCUGACGCUGGCCUACUUCCACCACUUCAUCGACAUCCACGGCGGCCGCGACGUUGUUGAAAGCCUAGCCACCAUCGACCGCACGUGGUGUGUGUUCGAAGUGUACUUGUCAAUUGUACUUCAAACUCGGUUUGAAAUCGCCAUGACCAAAGCGCAAAAGACCGUGUUUCUGGACGAAAUGCUGCUCCACUCGAACGAUGUGUUGGAAAUGAUGAGCCAAGUCAGUAGCAAGCACUCGACCACGACAGUGUCACGCGAUCGCGACCACAUUUUCGACCUCAUCGAGAAGCAAGUCGGAUUUGCCGAGUUGGAUCCCCUCGACUGCCAACUGACGACGGCGAUCUCCCCGUCCGAACACUUUCGUUCGUUGUGCUCCAAGGCCAGCGCGUUAAUUGCACUCGGGUCCUUGACACAAGACGAAGGGUUGCUGCUAAAAGUAGUGGCCAUGUCGGUGGACGAGAUCUCCCACCGACCACGCCUAAGGGAUGGGACGCCAUAA